GACGUACCUAUUCAGCCAUCAUUUUUGUUUGUGAUGAUUUCGUUCGUGAUCGGAAGGAUUGAGAGAGCGGCUUUGUUAUUUUCAUUAGAAACAAGCAACAGAUGUAAUUCUGCAUGCUUUGAAUAAAUAAUUUUAAAUUAUAGUAGUUUCUGUGCCUUCAGUAUUCUAACAAAAAUGGCAUCAUACAAUAACCACCAUCAAGCUAAGCAUUCGAUUCCUAUUGAUAUUUUGGAUGACUUAUGCAGCCGUUUUAUAAUAAAUUUACCACAAGAAGACCGGGGCAAUCUCGUCCGUAUAUGUUUUCAAAUCGAAUUAGCCCACUGGUUCUACUUGGAUUAUUACUGCACUGAUGAAUCUAACCGAUUGAAUCCAUGUGGGAUAAGAGAGUUCGCUGCACACAUCUUUCAGCAUGUGCCACAGCUGCGCGAGCACAUCAGGAACCUCGAUGAAGUCCUUGACAACUGGCGGGAGUAUAAACAGACUGUGCCAACAUAUGGUGCCAUCCUUCUGGACACAGAUCUAACUCAUGUUCUACUUGUACAGUCUUACUGGACAAAGGCAUCUUGGGGAUUCCCAAAGGGGAAGGUGAAUGAAGAUGAGGAACCAUGGAAAUGUGCUACCAGAGAAGUACUAGAAGAAACGGGUUUUGACAUAAGCAAACUGAUCAACAAAAACGACUACAUUGAGGCGACAAUCCACGACCAAAUUGUGCGCCUGUAUAUCAUAGGCUACAUCCCGCGCGACACCAAGUUCCAACCGCGAACUAGGAAUGAAAUCAAAGCUUGCGAAUGGUUUGCAUUGAGUGAUCUUCCGUCUAACAAAAAGGACAUGACCCCGAAACUUAAAAUGGGCGUGAGCCCCAAUGCCUUUUUCAUGGUACUACCAUUCGUAAAACGUAUGAGACGAUGGGUCGCCGAACGCAAUCCGAAAGUUUACAACAACAGCACGCGGCGCACUAGACACAAAUCUAUGGGAGACAUUGAAGCGUCAACAAGCAAGAGCAAGACGAAAUCUAUUUCUCAAGGUUUAGAGAACGAGAUCAAAGAAUUCCAACAGCAGAAUUCUACGGGGAAGUACAAGAAUGGUCAUGGUAAUGGCCACGGCAGUGGAACAAAGAACAAUAAUACGUACGUAAAUAGCAAUAGGAAAGAAAGGAAAGUGGCUAAAAGGCAGUUGUUUACGCCCCAGAAUAUGCACGGGAGCAAUGUGUCUAACAACGUGUCUCCGGAGCAGAAGGGCGGGACUCCCACUGAGCUGGUGGAUGACAAUGCAUUCUUCAACUUCGUGGCUCCGUCGUGGGCUAACUUUAAGUUCGAUCGGCGAGCGAUCCUCGACUGCCUCACUUGAAGCAUUUACUCAGUGAUCUCGAGUAGAAAACUAUGUUCUCAGUAGACGACAUUGGCUUUAAUUAAUUGUGAUUGUAAUUUGAUUACAGUACACUUUUACAAUGGA